AUGACCUUAGAAAGUGAACCAAAUAUUUUAUCAAAAGAAAAGAACAAAGAAAAUGUUAUUAUAAAUAAAUGUGACGAUUCCAAUAAAAUAAAAGAAAAAGAAAAAGAAAAAGAAAAAACUUCUGCUGUUGAAAGAGAGAGUACUAAUGCAUCGGCACAUAUAAGUAAUGACAAUAUAAAUAAAAAUCAAGAGAAAAACAAAAAAAAAAAAAAAAAAAAAAAUACAAAUAAAAAUAAAAAUGUAAAUAUAAAUAAUACACAUAUAAAUAUAAAUACUACUAAUGAUAAAAAUUGUGGACAGGGGAUGGACAAAUCAGAGGUCAUACAGAGUGACAAUAUUAUGAAUAUAAAAAAUGAUAAAAAAAAUAUUUUGGACUCCAGUUAUAAAGAAGAAGGAAAUGAAAACAACAGUAACGACAUAAAUAAUAAUAAUAAUAAUAAUACUAACAAUAUUAAUAAUAUUAAUAGUAGUUGUAGUAAUAAUUAUCAGAUAAAAAAAAAAAUUACCCUACUGAAAAGAAAUGAUAUUAAAGAUGAAAAUUAUAACAAUGCAAAAAUAACCACUCUAAAUAACAAAAAUAAUUUAAAGAAUAACAACAAUAAUAAUAAUUACAACCACAACAAUAAUAAUAAUAAUAAUAAUAAUUUCUGUUGUGAAAAAACAUUAGAACAAAGAGAAGAGGAAUAUAAUAAAAUCAGGGCUAGGAUUUUUUCAAAUUUCAAUAAAAAACCAAAAAAUGUUCAGAAAAUUGAACAAACUAAUUUAAACCAUACAUAUUUAAAUAAUAAUAUAAAUAAUGGAGAUAAUCAAUAUGCAUAUAUUAAUAACCUUUAUCAUAUAUAUCAUAAUAAUCCAUAUAAUAAUAUAUAUAGACAAAAUAAUAUUCCUAUGUCUAAUAUAAAUAAUCAAGCAUCUAAUAUUGAAAAAAUAAAUAACCCAUAUUAUUUUAAUCAUAUAUCUUAUACAAAUUAUAUGUACACUACACAAAAUAAAAUGAACAAUAUAAAGACAAGUCAAAUAUGUCAUUAUGAUAUAAAUAAUAAUAAUAUUAACAAUAAUAAUAAUAUUAACAAUAAUAAUAAUAAUAAUAUUAUUAAUAAUAAUCUUUCAUUAUGUAAUACUCAGAUAGACAGCUAUAAUAAAACAAAAAAUAAUUUUAAUAAAGGCGCAAAUAAUUUUAACAACUCAAAAAAUAUUAUCAAUCAUAACAUAAAUGAUACAAAUAAAAAUAUAUAUGAUACAAACGGUAAUCUUAUUAUUAAUAAUAAUAUGUCUUAUGCACAAUUAAAAAUGAACAACAAUAUAAAUUUUAAUAUACACAUGAAAUCACCAAUUAAUCAACAACAUAAUAAUAUUUUUAAUAUAAAUGAGGAUCCAAAAUUUUUUAAUGAACCUGCAAAUAAAAUGAAAAAAAAAAAUAAAGAAAAAAAAAACAUACAUUUUAAUAAUAAUAAUAAUAAUAGUAAUAAUUGUUUAUAUAAUGAUAUUAAUCAAAAUGAUCAUAAUAAUUGUAUUAUAAAUACCAACGAAAAUUUCAAUCAUAUUAAUAAUGUCAAAAAUACAGAACAAAAUUUACAAACAAAACACAAUAAAAUGUCUCAAGUUUCGAAGCAGUCAAACAGUAAAAAUAAUAAGAAUAAUAUUCAAUUAAAAAAACAAAUUAAUAUUAAUACAAAUAAUAAUUUAGAUACUAAAAACAGUUCACAUAUAACAAAAAAUGUUAUUCUUGAUGAAAAUAAAGUAUCCUCAACUCAUGCAAAUCAUUCAAAUGAAGUAAUGACAAAGGAAAAAAAAAAGAAAAACAACAAUAAAAAAAAAAAAAAUAAUAAUCUCAAUAAUAUCAAUAAUAUGAAUAAUAUCAAUAAUAUGAAUAAUAUCAAUAGUAUGAAUAAUAUGAAUAAUGCAAUGUACUUUCAAAAUAUAAAUAUUCAAAAGGAUGAUUCAAAUAUAGCUCCUUUAUAUAAUAACCAAAAAAAUAUGGAUUUCAAUAAAUAUCAACUUAAUCAUAUACAAAACAAUAUGAUACAAAAUAAUAUAAUGACAAAUAAUGUUAUGCUAAAUAAUAAUUUACAAACACAUCAUUUUAAUUAUAAUUUAAUUAACUAUUCAUAUGAACACCCUUAUGAAGAAAACAUUAUGAACGACCUAGAUUAUUGUAGAGAUAUAUCUCUAUAUGAAAAAAGAUAUGAUAGGGGUGAUAAUUUGCAACAAAAUCAUAAGCGUUAUGAUAUUGACUUCCCCUCCUUAUAA